UGAAACAUCCUCAUCAUUCAUUCAUUUUUGCAAAUCGAUUUGUUUUUUUUCCAAUAAUUUUUUCCGAGAAAACUGAAAAAAAUGAUGCAAACGAAAAUUUUUUUCCUAAUUUUUCUUGGUUGUUCAAUAUUUAUAACAGCCAAUGCUGCUAAAUCAUUAUUGCUAAAUAAACCUGAAUGUACACAAAAACGUUUACGUGAAGUUGAUCGAAAUUUUAUGAAAUUAAUUGUUAUUGGUGAAAAUGGCCGAAAAUUUCCAGAAUCUUAUGAUGAAUUGCCUAAAUUUUGCAAAGAUACUGAUCGAUUAAUCGAUUCAAUGUUAAAAUUUAUUAACGAAUGUUAUUCACCUGAUGAACAAAGAAUAUUUAAAAUAUAUUUUUUCAGUGCUAAACGUGUUGUCAAGACAUUAUGUAUGAAAAAACGAACAAAAAAAUUACAAAAUUUAUUAGAAACAACACCAUGUGUUAAUACUAUUGUGGAUAAAAUUGAUUGUGUUGAUAAAAUUACUAAUCAAACAUUACAAUUGAUACCAUAUAAUAUUGGUGCAACGAAAAUUAACUAUGCCUGUUGUUAUUAUGUUGAUGCAUUAAAAUGUGCCGAAGAACAAUUAUCAGUACCUUGUAUGACAAAUAAAGGUAAAGAAAUAUUAAUGGAUAUGGUACGAUCGAUUGCUGGUGAUAUGGUUAAUUUUGCAUGUGGUGAUUAUACUGAAUCAACUGAUCGUUGUGAUCAUAUUGCACCAUUACCUAAAAAUAAAUUAGAUAAAUCAUAUAAAUUUACUAAAUUUAGAUCGAUUGUAUUAGCACAAAUUGGUUUGAUUGAAUCGAUUGGUGGUUUUGCUGCUCAGCCUUGAAAAUGUUCAAAAUCAAAAUAAUUUAUGAUCUUCGUAAUUUUCUCUCUCUCUCUGUUUUUGUUUGGAAAAUUUUUUCUGUUUUUGUUAACACGUGAUAUUAUUGAUAAUCA